CUCGUCCUUGUCACUAAAAUUAAAAUUCAAUUCACUCUCAGUCGUUAUUAAAAGUAAAGUUAAAGUAUAUUUAUUAUUAAAUAAAUACAUUUCAAUACUGUACUACUAAAAUAUUAUUGAAGACAUACGUAAGCUAAUGGAAAAGCAAUAUACGAAUAUUAGGCCUAUGCCUACGUGACAGAGUUAAAAAAAUGCAUUGAUUUGAACCCAGAAAAGAUGACAGAAGCUGUAUGGUCUCAAUAUAAUGAUUUACAGAAAAUAGAUCUAUCUCAUAAAGCUAUAAGUGUCUUGACUCCUGGAAUUUCAGAAUGUGAGGGUGUUGAAACUCUGUAUUUACAGAGUAAUUCACUCACCGAUCUGCCAGCCGAUGUGGGUGACCUGAGGUGUCUGAAAGUUCUGAACCUGAACAAUAAUUCAUUAACUUCCAUACCUUCAUGUAUUUUCAAACUGCAUAUGCUUACGGAAUUAACAGCAAAAAACAAUUGUAUCACAAGUGUUAACAAAGAUGUUGGAAAUCUGUGUGAUCUAAACAUUUUGGACAUCUCCCAUAACGAGUUAAUAACACUUACAUCUGGUGUGGGAUUUUUAAACCGCCUUAAGCAUGUAAACCUAUCUAACAAUAAGCUCAAAAGUAUCCCUCAUGAGUUGACAGCUAUUUGUGGGCUCGUGGAGAUCGAUGUUUCUUGCAACAAGAUUAGAAAACUACCUUGUGUCAGAAAUUUGUUACAUCUAAAAGUAUUUAGAGCCAAAAAUAAUUUAUUAAAAAAGUUACCAGACUUUAGCCAAUGCAGGGAGUUGGUUACCAUUGACUUCAGUCAAAAUAUUCUCGAGGACAUUGAUGAUGCAAGUUUGAACUGUCAACCAUUUUUAAAAGAAGUUCAUCUCCAAAGCAACAAACUGAAAUGGCUUCCAGAAGAUUUUUGUAAUCUCUCAUCCCUUCAAGUCUUGGACUUAAGUUCCAACAAACUGAACACGUUGCCUCCAUUCAUAGUUGAAUACCCCAACCUCCAAGUAUUGCGCAUAGCAAACAACCCAUUCAAGGACAUUCCGCUUCACUACACCAAGGCGGACACACUCAGACUUCUAACUUUUUUAAGGGAGAGAGCCACUCUAGAAGCAGAACCUCCAUCCUCAGAAGAGGAUCAGCAACCAGUAGCUGUUCAUGAAGCUCCACCCUCUAGAUUCUCCUUAGGUCAGUUACGAAGAUGUGGAAGUGUUGUACACACCAGUCCUGAUGAACCAGUUCCCGACACUGUGUGGGAAAAUGCAGUCACUGCAAGAGUGGUCAUUGUCAAUCUAUCUCACUGCAAACAACGUCUACCAACACGUAUUACAGACUUGUCUGAAACACUGAUGGAACUUCACCUUGUGGACACUGGGAUGAAGGAACUUCCACCUCUGGUUGGAGAACUUAAAGAACUUCAAGUUUUAAUCCUUGAUCAGAACUUACUCUCAAGCCUCUGUCCCGAGCUGACCAAGUGCAAAUACCUGAAGGAACUUUCUCUGGCAUGUAACAGGUUUAGCGAAGUUCCAAAGGUUGUUUUUGAGCUGAAGCUACUGAGAACCUUGAACCUCAGCAAUAACCAACUUGCAGACCUGAGCAGUGUUUGUGGCUGUGAGUCUUCUGUUGCUUUGGAGAAUCUGCAGUACCUAGAAACUCUAAAUAUCAGCAACAAUGAAAUCUUCCAGCUACCACCUCAACUGGGCCUCAUGACUAACCUUAAGUCACUUGAAGUAACUGGCAACAAAUUUCGUCAGCCAAGCUACCAUAUUGUGUCCAAGGGAACUGAAGCUAUCUUGGCCUACCUGAAGAACAAACUACCCGAGGAACCCUCACCUGAAGUACAAGAGAAGAAAACACCUACCAGAACACCCGUGUCUUUCUUUGUAUCCUAAGUGCUUGUGUGUCCAUAAGUGGUCCAUGAAAAUCAGUCACGUUUUAACCAAAUUUAAUCAUUACUAAGGAUCAGCACCAGCAAUUCUAGUCAAAGCUAUGAGCCAACAAUUAAUUACCGUUUUUAUUUUCUCCACGAAACGAAAUAUGAGUUGCACAUUUGCACUACUCUGAUACUCAAAGCCUAAGGAAAUAUAUGGAUUACUGUUUGAUUUUUUAAACAUUUGAUCUUAUGUAUUUGAAACAUUAUUUUUGGUUUUGAUACCUUUAAAGGGUGUUAAUUCUUUCCCCAACAGUUUUUUUUUUUCUCUAGAUUACUCAUCUUCCUGUAAUGAGCUUGAAAAAAAUCAUCACAUUAGACUUUUGCUAUCAGAUCUUUUUGAGAUGAAAAAUUGCAUCUAAACCAUCAAAUAGGGAUUAUCUGAAUACCCAAAAAUUGUUUCCUCCUAUUCACCCAAUGUUGUUGAGACUCUGCACAUGAAAAUUGUAGUUACUACACUACAUACUACACAAAACAAUGCAAGAUUAAAUUUGGAAGCAUAUUCAAAACUAUGAACACGUAAAGCAUCAGUUCUAUGGACACAAAACCAGCAAUCUCAUUCAAAAUGUGUUUAUUUUUAUUUGGUAUUAAAAAUUGAAUUUCGUUUUUUUUUUAUUUACAGAGUGUUUGAACAGGAACUCUCUAAUUUGAAUCAAUAAUAGAGACGACAGUGGGAGGACCGAUGCUACUAGGUGUCAAAAGCGGUAUAUCCUCAACACGCCAUAAUAUUAGAUAGGCCUAAUAAUAUUAGACACACAUAAUACAUAAUAUUAGAUUACAUAUAUGCAUUAUUAGGGAUGAUACUUUCCUUUUUAUUUGGAUCCGGUAACCCCUCAAGUCUUGUUUAUACCCAAGUACCUGUCCUAUGCAGUUAGGUCUUUUUACAUAGUUAUUUGAAAAUAUUUAGUUGUUGAGUUGUGUUAAGGCAAAGUUGCAACAAAAAUUUCAAAUCUUCUUCCUCUGUAUAGAGCAACUAAUGGGUUCUCAGUAAAAGUUUACUACGAGGAAAACUAAAGUAAGUUAAUCUCUUUCAUUUUCUUUCCUCAAAAUUAGAGCUUUCUUUUGCAAACACUCUGUACCUGCUGUUAUUCAUGAGAUAGUUUAGGUUUAGAUGUUAGUUAGUGAUUGCAUUGAAAUUGAAAUAUCAGAGAAUAUUUUCUUAGCUCUAGUAACUUUUAUAUACAAUUAAUUAUUGAAAAUCUCAGUAUUACACAAAAGUCGCGAAAAGCUAUAUUUUUCUGCUAAUCUUAUUUCAUUGUACAAAUAUGUAUAACAGAUGUUUUAAUUUUUUCUAGGAGUUUUUAUUUUAUUUUAUCAGUAGUGUUACCAUAUGUUUAUCAUUUUGUUAUUGAGUUACCAAUAUUUAUUACCAAAAACGAUUGGUAAUAUUCAUCAUUCCAAGUUAAAGGUAUUUUACUUUACAUAUUUUUAUGCUUAGUUGCAAAAUUUGCCAAAAGUUCAAAGCUUGCGUACCUGUUGUUUAUGAGAUUAGGUGGUGUAGAUGAAAUAUUUAUUUAUUUAUAUUGAAGUUGUUUAGCUAUGUCAUUUAGUGUAGUUACUAAUUUGUUACAUAGAGGAGAGGUUUUAUUUGCCUGAAUUUUAAUGUUAUGUUAAGUUAUACCAAAGUAGUUUUAAUAUGUUUAGCAAUGAACUUUAAGUUUGAACUUGCACGAACAUAAGUUUAAGGUUGAAACUUAUCUUAGGAGGUUAUAUAUUCAAAAUAUAUAAAAUAUUUAAUCACAAAAAUUAUAGUCAAAGUAUCCUAGUCAAAUCUAAUACGAUUUUUAAAUAAUCAUACGCUAGUCAAGAUUUCACAGAGCACAGAAUAUAAAUAGACAGGUGCGAGAUGUGAAGCCACCCGAAAAUAACGUGCCCGUAUAAGGGGUGGGGGAAGCGUUGAGUCAUCCUAGUUCUGCCUCAGGUACUAAGCUUCUACACAUAUUGACACUGCCUCGUUGUUUUAUGAGUGAAGCUGUCUUCAAAAGCUACUGUAAUUCAAAUCAAAUUACAACUACAAGAAAUCUAACUGAUUCAGGUAUCGCGAAAGUGUUACUCAAUCGUAUUGGAAUCACACUGUUUCCUACAAGGAUUGUGGGGUUUGGCCUCUCUGCCCGUAAUGCUUGCUGUAUAUUCAUAGCCUCUCUAUUUCUAUUCUGUGCUCUCUGCUUGAAUUGUAUUCAAAUUCCAUAAAGUUCAAACUAUCAUAUUAAAAUAUUAACCAUCAUAUCAUAUUAACCAGUCUGUAAUAUUAUCAUUGGGUUUUUUCAUUUAAGAAAAUGGUUAUGUAAUAGUUUUUUCAAUAAAAGUAACUAGUGUUAUACACAAUUGUAAUAACUUUUUAGUGUUCAUAAUUUCUCUCAUCAACAUUAAUUUAUCAGUUUCCUCCAAGAAGUUUUAACAAUUUCCUAUCAGAUAUUUAACGUAUAUAUAAGCAAAGCCAUUUUUUAUAUAUUUUAUAUUAUCAUCCUAACAAUAUUAUCAUCCCUGUUAACCACAUUUUUGUUUGAAAAUCACCAAUUUACAACACAAAUACAUGUUGUUAUCCAUGUUGUGGACAUGUUGUUAUCCAGAUGUUUGAUUUUUAAACUACUGUAGUUUGAAAUGUAGUUUUGAGAGUAAUAGAAGAGACUGCAAAUAUCUUUAGAGACAGAUUCAGUCAUUAUUAACCUUUACCACAAAUUCUAACACAUUGAUCACUAUAUGAUUGCAUAUCUUCUAUGACCAAGUUUUUAUCAUAAUAAUAAUUUGUUACCCCUAUUUACCCCUCUAAUGCUAUUGCAUGAAAUAGUUUGUUUAUCAACGAUUUAUUAACUUUUAUUUAUUUUAAGGCAUUUUAUUUAUUACUUAUUUAUUUAACAUGAUAAGUGUUUGGUAUUUAUUUUCCACUCCUAAUCAGAUUUUAACAUCAGCUUUUAAAACUCUAUCCUCAGACUCUAGGUUUAGUAAUUAAAUAAAAAGUGGCACAUUAUAAUUUUUAGGUACUGUCAAAGAACUUAAAAAAUAAUAUCGCUAAGAAAUAGUGAUUUCUACAAAGAUCUGGUCAAAAAAAUGUAUUUGCUGUACAGAUUACUUUUCUCAAAGGAAAGGCCAGUUAAUGUUUUGUUGAUACAAAACUGUAACAGAGCUUUGUAACAAUUAAGUAUUAUUUUUUGAAUCUCUGUAAUAACCCUAUCAGUAUUUAAAAAUAAUUGUUGGGACCAUUGACCCUUGGUCGUAAAACUAAGAUAGUUAUGGUUAGUGUUUCUGUUUUGUCAUUUUACUUAAUACUUUAUUAUAUUUUAUAGCUAAAAGAGAGCUUCAGUUUUUGAAAUCAGUUCAUUCACCUUUAACACAUUGCACUUAAACAGGAUAACUAUUUUAGAGCGUGGUCUUAAUACUAAUUUUGUAACACUCCCGAUGCAGCAAACCUGCAUACAUUUUAUAAUUGCUAGUUCAGCACAUAUUCUAAGGAUCUGAAGUAAUAACUGAAUAGUCUGAUUACUCCACAUAAUCAUUUAUCCUCCCUCAAUUAAUUACUUUAAUUACUUUUCAAAUCUUUGGAAACUCAAUAAACAUUCAUGUGAUGCUUUUGCUAGCACUUGUAUUUCACUAAAUCAUGUGUGAUUGUUGCUAAACAUAGUUAUAUAUUUUAAUUAUUUAUUCCAUUUAUAAUCUUGAAACAAAAUUUGAUGUUGUCCAACAGAUUAAUUUUUGUGGUCUGCACUUCAUGCCUAAUUUAUCUUUAUAUAGAUUCUGGGUGAUUCUUUUAAUAAAUUUGUAUUGACCUACAUAUAUGAAUUUUAUAAAAACCACCUUAAAAAGUUGUUUGCACAACUUCUUUCAGUCCAACUCUUGGCUGCAAAAGUAUAGAUUUAAUGUUUAUUUGAGUCAUGAAACAUUAAGUUUAAACAUUUAGUUACCAUUAUUCACCCUUGCCAUGUUAGUAAUUGGUUUUAAUUUGAGUUACUAAUCAUAAUAUUCACGUUGAACUUGAGAAAUGUUUUUAGCUUUCAAAUAGUUUUGUUUUUAAAAUAGUACGUAUUUGUGCAUGGACUUUUAUAGUUUGACUGAUGUUAUGUCAGCAAAUGGACUAUAUGAGUUUGAUUUAUGUAAUAUUGUAAAUUUAAAUGGUACAAAAUGUUUAUUUUUACUUAUAAGUACUAUCACAAAUAAGGUGGACAAUAAUUCACAAAUAAUUUAUAAACAGUAAUCAUCAAGUGAUCUAUUACUACAAUUUUAGGAUGUUGUGAUUAAUCUUCUGGUUAACAAAUCAUGUUUUGAGUUAUUGAUAAGAAUAUAUUAUUUAUCAAUUUUGUAGUAGUAAUAGAAUAUAUUUAGUGUUUUAUUUUGUUGUUAGCCUAGUGACAGUUUAAUUGUUCUUUCUGUGUGUUUGAAUACAAUUUAUUGUUG